CAGCAGCAGCGACAGAAGAACAAACUUUUUUUUGAACUAUUUCGUUUUCUUUUUGCAUGUGUGCGGGUGUAAGUGAGUGUUGGCUUUGCGAAAUAACCAAUAAUUCAAGUUCCCCUACCGAUAGCUUUCCUAUCAAGCUGUCAAUUUCAUAAUCUACCGACAUUGUAGCUUUCUUUUGGUCAAAUAUUUAAGUCCAUUUUCUCUUUGAUUUUCGUUUCAUUCGUGUGUGCAGAAAAAAAAAAAAUUGCAAGUGUGUGUUGGUACAAAGAAAAGAAGCAGCAACAGCAGCACAGCCGUCAUCGACGACGACGACAACGAAGACAAAACGGGUGAAAAGCCAACGAAGAAGCGUGUAUCCGCUACGACGGUCCUAUUGUAGUUGUGGCAUAUACGUGGGACUUUCCCAAGUCUCACCAGCAACACUUUAGGGGGCCAAGUUCCUUAUGUAGCCACCAUAAGCCUUCAUUUUUGUAGUUGGGUAGAAUAACCAAACAGCGGUACUGAUCACAAGCCAAGGCUGUGCGUAGGCCCUUGUGGCCGGAAAAAGCGUGAGUCGACGAAAAGCUCUUUUUGGCUUGGCUGGCUAACUUGGUCGAGAACCAUUAACCAGGGAAUUGAAGUUAGACGGAUAGUAACUUGCCGUUGUUGUCGUUCUCUGUGUCAAGUUCAUUUGAAGCAGUUUGACAGCAUUAUACUACCACCAUCACAGUGACAAGGCAGCGUGGUUUCCCAUAUCUUUCUCCCCCUCUGAACGGCAAACAACACACACACAACUCCCCUCUUAUCAACAUGUCGGCAGACCCUAAAUCGCAACAAACUCAGCCACCAAUUUCCCAGCUAUGGCCAGGAUUUGGUGCCAACACAUCGGAUGUCAGCAACUUAAAUAAUACUUCAACGGUGGCAAAGGACGCCAAUGGCAUUGCUGGUAAAAAUCAAGCGAACAACAACAGUAAUAAUAACAACAGGGAUUACGUUAACUUCAAUCAAUUUAUAAUGCAACAUAAUCUUCUAGUUGGAGGAGGAGGAACAACAGCAGCAGGAGGAGGCCUUAGUAGUGAUAUUACUGGUCCAGGAUUGGGCAUUAGCCCCUCAACGUAUUCAAAUAAUGCUGGUGGCCUAUUUCCUAAUCCCCUAAUGGGUCAAUAUCAAGCUCAAGAUCACCACGAAUAUCGAUCAGCUAUUGGCAACAAAUUGCCACAACAACAACCACAAUACAGUUAUUUCAAUCCCCAGAGCACACCUUUCAUGUCUUUCAACAACUUCCAAAUGGAUGCGGGCCCCAAAAGCAACAACAACAACCUGAUGAUGGGUGACAAUUUACAAAACUAUAAUGUACAUCCUUUCAGUAGUAACUCCAGUUCCACAGGCGGUAUGACUGCUAAUAACUUGUAUGACAACAAAUCCGGUAGUAGCUAUGGUUUAAAUUUUAAUGGUAGCAGUGGACUUGAUACGGCGAACGGUGGUACAACAUAUUAUGCCAAUCCUUUUGCGACUGGUUUUGAUUUUUCCAAUACCAAGUUGCAGGCUACAGCACCUGAAUUUGUGCCUCGUUUUGAUAAGCUUUCGUUGAACGAAACUAAUCAAACAAACUUAGAGACUAAUGGUAAUAAUGUUGGUGGGGAAAAGCAUGGGCGGCCAACAACGGCAGACUUAACACAAACUACUUCCAAUGGCCGGGCAGGUGAUCACAAAGAAACUGCUCCCUCAACGGCCGAUACUAGUUUUGAAAAGGAAGAGAAGCGACAUCAGCAUCGACGCAAUAAUCGCCACAACAAUACGAAACAAGAUAAAGAGAACAAUAGACGUAAUCACAAUCGCAUUGAAAGAAAUAUGGAAAGAUUUUCCAGAAAUUUGCAGGAGAAAAAUACGAACAAUGAUUCGGCAUCAAAUUCGAAUUCUUCAACGCCUUCACUAAUCAUGAAUGGUGGUGGUGGGGGUGGUGGGGGUGGUGGGGGCAAUGGAUCCAGCACAUCGGCAUCUGGAAAUAAUCAUCAACAGCAAGUGGAUGGUAAUGGUGGUGGGGUACAAAAGAAUACCGGAGCCUUUAGUAAAUCAUCACAAAAUCAGCGCAACGGCGAUAGGUUUAGAAAUGGCAAUUCAGAACAGCAUCCUGAGAUGCAUGACAAAAAUGACAAACACAAUUAUCAGGGACAAAACAAACGCUAUCAAAACGGCCGAAGAUCCCAAGAAUAUUCAGCCCCAGCCCCUGGGGAACGUGAAGAACGUUUCGAUCGCUAUGAACGCAAUGAUCGUAGCGAACGUGGUGGCCGCAAUCAACGCAAUGACCAUCAUCAACGUUACGACAAUUAUCGCAGCAACAAACGCCGUGACGAUUGGAAUCGCCAUCGUGACCGUAUCAAUGGCUAUCGUGUUGACGAAAAAUACUCCCAUGACAAUGGCAAAGACAGCCCCUUGCCUAGUCCCGAAAAGAAAUCCCCGAAAAAAGUGUUCCCCGAAAAUGAAAAACUAUCGCAAAGGGAAAAGUUGAUACGCGACAUAGAAUGUCGUCGUUUGGAGUGCUUGGUUUGUGUCGAAUCUAUAAAGGCCCAUCAGAGUGUGUGGUCCUGUCACAACUGCUAUCACAUUCUACAUUUGCAGUGUAUCAUCAAGUGGGCCUCCUCGUCGAAAUCAGAUGAUGGCUGGCGUUGUCCGGCCUGCCAGAAUGUGGAAAAGGAUGUGCCACGUGAUUACUAUUGUUUUUGUGGCAAGGUGAAAAAUCCUCCUAACAAUCGUCAGGAUAUUGCCCAUUCAUGUGGUGAGGUUUGCGGCCGAGUCGAAGGGUGUCCCCAUGCCUGCACCCUACUAUGUCAUCCCGGCCCAUGUCCACCGUGUCAGGCCCAGGUAAAACGGGAAUGUGGCUGUGGUAAGACCUCCAAAACCAUGCAGUGUUGCAUUAAAGAGACCAUUGAAUGUGACUCCACCUGUGAGAAAUUGCUUAACUGCGAAUUGCAUGUGUGCCAGGAGAAGUGUCACGAGGGCAAGUGUCCACCGUGCAAGGAGAAGGUCGAUCAAAAAUGUCACUGCAGUAAAAAUGAACGUCAAGUCACAUGUACCCGGGAGUCGCAUCUCAAACAUGUCUAUUCAUGCGGCAAACCUUGUGGCAAGGAUUUGUCUUGUGGCAAUCACAAAUGCAAUCAAUGUUGCCAUGGCGGCGAGUGUAAGCCAUGCAAAAUGAGUCCCGACCUUGUGACCUCUUGUCCCUGUGGCAAAAUGCCCAUUGUGGCCGAGCAACGCAAAUCAUGUCUAGAUCCCAUACCGCUAUGCGAGGGUGUGUGUGGUAAAACCUUAAAAUGUGGCAAGGCCACAAAUCCCCAUCACUGCACAUUCAAGUGCCAUGCCGGCAAUUGUCCACCCUGUAACAAACAAACUGCUGUCAAAUGUCGCUGUGGCCACAUGGAUCAAAUGAUCAAAUGUCGCCAGCUUUCGACCCGGGCCGAUGAUGCUCGCUGCAAGAAACUCUGUACCAAAAAACGUUCCUGUGGCAAACACAAAUGCAAGCAAGAAUGCUGCAUCGAUAUCGAUCACUUCUGUCCACUGCCAUGUAGAUUUACGCUGUCGUGUGGCAAACACAAAUGCGAUCUGCCAUGUCAUCGUGGCAAUUGUCCACCCUGUUAUCGUUCCUCGUUCGAGGAGCUAUUCUGUGAAUGUGGUGCUGAAGUCAUCUAUCCACCGGUGCCAUGUGGCACCAAAAAGCCGAUAUGCAAAAAACCCUGUUCCCGUCAACAUCCAUGCGAUCAUCCACCCCAACACAAUUGUCAUUCGGCUGCCACCUGUCCGCCCUGUAUGAUGUUCACCACCCAGUGGUGUUAUGGGCAACAUGAACAACGCAAGACCAUACCAUGUUCGCAGAAAAGUUUCUCCUGCGGUCUGGCGUGUAACAAACCGCUGCCAUGCGGACGUCACAAAUGCAUAAAGACUUGUCACGAAGGACCCUGCCAAACGCCAGGGGAAAUUUGUAAACAAAGUUGUACAACUGCCCGACCGAAUUGUGGUCACAAAUGUAUGGCACCGUGUCAUGAUGGUGAUUGCCCGGAGACGCCAUGCAAGGAGAUGGUUGAAGUUCAAUGCGAAUGUGGCAAUCGCAAACAGAUGCGCACCUGUGCCGAAUUGGUACGUGAAUUCAGUCGCAUUGCAACGGCUCAAUUGGCCUCCUCGAUGGCGGAAAUGCAACGUGGCAACUAUAUGGAACUCUCGGAAAUUCUGGCCCCCGUCAAACUUACCAAUAAAUCCAACAAGACACUCGAUUGCAGUGAUGACUGCCGAACUCUGGAACGUAAUCGCCGUUUGGCUAUUGGUUUACAAAUUCGAAAUCCUGAUUUGCCACAAAAACUAUUGACAAAGUACUCCGAUUUUAUACGCAACUUUGCCAAACGUGAUCCGGCCCUGGUUAAGUCCAUACAUGAAGCGCUCACCACCCUGGUGAAAUUGGCUAAGGAAAGUAAGCAGAAAUCACGUUCACACUCGUUUCCCACAAUGAAUCGAGAGAAACGCCAGCUGGUCCAUGAAAUGUGUGAAAUGUUUGGUGUGGAAUCGGUGGCCUAUGAUGCUGAACCGAAUCGUAAUGUUGUGGCCACGGCGUUUAAGGAUAGGUCUUGGCUCCCCGCCACCAGUAUCAUGGAGGUAAUGGCUCGUGAAUCUGGCCAAAGACGUGUGCCAGUGCCCAGCAACAAUGCCUGGGGUUUGAAAAGAUAAUAAUGCUAAUAUAACAAAACUACCAACGGUCAGCAAAUCGUGUAUUUUACAAAAUUCUAUUUAUCUUAUGUUAUGAUUGAUUGAUUGAUUUUGAAAUUACAUACAACUAAUCCCCCUUUUGCUUAUAUUGAAUUUGUAUUGUAUUAUUAUUUUCUUUCCUUUUUUUAAGUUGUUAAAAGAAAAAUUAUGUUAAUAAAUUGAGUUUUGUGGUCAGCACUUGGGGUGUGGUAGAUAAAAUACUAUUCCACCCACCCCCACUAUUUAAAGUGUAGAAAAAAGUAUUCGAGUGCUGGCUGUAAAACUUAAUUUUCCUUUCACUUUAUUGUAUGGCAAUUAAAAUGUAUAAUGAAAUUUACAAAGCAAUUGUGCCCCCAUUUAUUUUUUAACUAAUUUUGUUUACCUUUCCAUUUUCAAAAGUUAUAAUUAUUCCCUUAUAUCUGCUACUCAAUAUUAUUUGAUUUCCCCACACACAAAUCGAACCAAAAUCAAACCCAUCUUUAACUUAAAGUUCAAGUGAAAAAUAUACAGAAGAUAUAUAAAAAAACAAUAAAACCCUGGCUCUUUGAAAUUACAAAAAUAAUUUAUAAACAUAAAUUUAACAUAAAAAAUAAACAAACACACAUCCACACUUACAAGAAACCAACUUCUUCUACUACUAUUACAUAAAAGAAAUAAUAAUAAAAAAACUAUAAAUUUGUUUAGUAAUAAAGUUGUUUAUCAAUGAAAUGUAAAAAGAUUUUUUUUGAAGAAACCCAUGUUUUUAUUUUUUAAAUAAUCUACGUUUCUUGGUUUACAGGGUGAGUUAAAAAAGUAUUUUUAUAAAAUCCACGUUUAUUAAAGACUCUUGAAAAAAUAUUUUUAUAAAAUCCACUUUUUUUGAAGACCCUUGAAAAAAUAUUUUUAUAAAAUCCACGUUUACUGAAGACCCUUUAAAAAAUAUAUUUAUAAAAUCCACGUUUAUUGGAGACUCUUGAAAAAAUAUUUUUAUAAAAUCCACAUCAAUAGAAGACUCUUAAAAAAAUAUUUUUAAAAAGCCCACGUUUAUUGAAGACCGUUGAAAAAUAUUUUUAUAAAAUCCACGUUUAUUGAAGACCCUUGAAAAAUAUUUUUAUUAAGUCCACGUUUAUUGAAGACCCUUGAAAAAAUAUUUU